AUUUAUGUACGUACAUAUAGAGUUUAUAAAUACAGCUUGAUAAUAUACUUUGAAGUAUAAAAUAAGGGAAAAAAUUCCUCAACAUUUUUGUAUAAAAAAAAAGUUGCGGGUUAUCCUUAUCAUAUAAAUAUAUAUAAAACCAAUUAUCACUUAUAUAUACACACAACAUAUAAUAUAAUUAUUCUACAGGGUAAAAUAAACUGCUUCUGUGCACUAAAUAUAAGAGGUUAAAUAUCAGCGGUCAGGAAUAAAAAAAAUAUCAAUGGCAUCACGAGGGAUUGAAUUGGCAAAAGCUGCGAUCGAGAGCACAUUGAAGAGCAAUCGAUGGGGACCGUUUGUAAAAAAUCUUGAGAUACUGUCAGCUGGCAACGGUCAGUGCAAAGCAGAAUUUACUGUCAAAGAAGAGCAAUUAAAUUAUGCUGGUAGUCUUCAUGGUGGUUGCACGUGCAGUCUCGUUGACUGUAUAUCUACUUACGCACUACUGACACAUGGCAAAGGACAUCCUGGUGUUUCUGUUAAUAUGAAUGUUUCGUUCAUGAAAGCUGCAAUGCCAGGUGAAGUGAUAACAGUCGAAGCUAAAACUAUAAAACUUGGUCGUACAUUAGCUUUUCUGGACAUCGAAUUAUCUAAAAAAAAAGACGGUUCUCUAAUCGCUCGUGGAUCUCACACCAAAUUCGUAGGAUUUGAAUAAUUCAAAGCUACAACUUUUUACUAAUUAGCAAAAAAAUAACUCAAUUGAACCCAACACAGACUGUAUAUGUAUGUAUAUAUUUAUAUAUAUAAAUUUAUUAUAUAUGUACAGAUAAUUGCGGUACAAUUGCAAGCAUAACUGCCAAAUGAAACGUUUAUGUACAAAAAAUAAAAAAACUAAAAAGUAAGUGA